AUGACUGAUUCAUCCUCAGAAUACGAUAGCAUGAAUGAAGGCUAAUAUGAAGCUAAAAUAGGUGAGACACUGAAAAAUAAUCAAUAUCAAAUUAUAAAAUGGUUAGGAGAUGGGACAUUCUCAAAGGUCUGGUUAGUGAAAGAUUUAAUUAGUUCGAUUCAUUAUGCUCUCAAAAUUUAAAGUUCAUAGUAUUCAGAUGCAGCCGUAGAGGAAAUAGAUAUUUUAAAAAUUUUGAAUGAAAAUGAAAAUUCACCAUAAUGGCUUGACAUUCAGAAAAAUAGAAUUGGUAACUAACAAGAAACUCAUUGUGUAAAAAUGGUUGAUUCUUUUGUUCAUAUUGUCAAUGAAACAUUGCAUCAUUGCGUAGUAAUGGAAAUAUUGGGACCUACCUUAUUGGAUUUAAUUAGAUUCUAUGAAAAGAAAAAUUCUAGUAUGAGCAUCUAAUUAGGGAAGGAGGUCACUAAAUAAGUGUUGAUCGGAUUGAUUUAUGCUCAUGAAGUAUGCUAAAUUAUACACACUGACAUAAAACCAGAAAACAUCAUGAUUGAGUUGAAUGAUCAAUAAUUAAAGUAGUUAAUUAACGAUGAGGAGGCGGAUGAUAAGAAGAAAAAAGUUAAAUUAAAUGAUAUAAAUAAUGGGGAAACUUUUAUCUGGAAUGAGAAUGUAAUAAUUAAUGUAAACACUGACCUUAAAUUUAAAUUAGUUGAUUUUGGAAAUGCUUGUCAAACUAAUCAACAAUUUGAGGAAAUUCAAACUAAGGAAUAUAAAUCUCCUGAAUCUAUUAUUUAAGCUCAAUAUUCAACCAAUACAGAUGUUUGGUCUCUUGCAUGUGUAAUAUUCGAAAUCUUGACAAAUGAUUACUUAUUCAAUCCUGAAGGAGAUAAUGAAGAAGAAGAAAUGGAGGAUCUAUUAGCCAUGAUGAUAGAAUUGAUUGGACCUCCAACAUAAAGUUUCUUAAGCAAAGGCAAAAGAAAUUCCCAAUAUUUUGAAAAAAAUGGAGAUUUAAAAACAAUUAAAGAUUUACAAAAAUUCAAUCUAAGUGAUACUUUAAUAAAAGAUUAUUCUUUUGAAGAGCAUGAAGCAAAAUAAUUAUAAGAUUUCAUUCUCUUUGCACUAAAAUGGGAUCCUGUUGAUAGGCCUUCCUCAUAAAAUUUGUUCUUGCACCCUUGGCUUCAAUAAUAAUAAUAAUGA